ACAAGAAAGAUCCUAACUCAUGGAACUAAGGUUCCUCAAAACCUAAGUGAAGGGAAGUUACUCCAUAGAGAAGAGAGAGACUGCAGAAAUCUGAUCUAGAUCUUCAAUCUCCAUCUCCAAGCUUGAUUCCCGAGCUCCAAUGGCGAAGAAAUCCUCCAAAAUAGCUCCAAGAAUGCCCCCAAGUCGCUCUCUCUCUCUAGGGUUCGUCCCUUGGGUGUUUGGGAUCCAAAACCCAGCUCUCCCCCUUUCCUUUUGCUGAAAAUCGGGUUUUAAACAGCAAUUCCCGACUCACACGGCCAGGCCACACGGCCGUGUGGCUUUCCCAGCUGCCCGUGUGAAGGCUCGGUGAUUUCCACACGGCCACAUGGCCAGGUCACACGGCCGUGUGGGUUGUGCCCGUGUGGCUUGCUCAGCCUCUGUUUAAUGCUUCGUUUCUCCCUCGUCCGGACUCCGAAUCAGUCGCCGUUUGAUCCCAGACGUUCGUAGUCUCGUCCUCUUUCUUUUCAUGACAAGCUUGCAUGAUUCUUUGUCCAUAAAGUGAGAUAGAAAUCCAUUCUUCUUCAGGUCAUACCCGAGUUUCUUCUCCCGAAUCGUCAAUUGAUCUCUGAUUGACUUGAAACUUGCGCCUAUGCUUCACUUUAUGUGCUAGGACCUGAAAUGUGACAAAGGAACACAACCUAGCGUAAAAUAGGCCAAAGACACGAUAAUUCAAGCUCAAACAAUCAAGAAACAAAGGGGAAAACAUGUGCAAAUACCGAGUCAUCAACGGCCGAGUGGUCAGAAAUUUGAAAAUCCUCGCCGGAAAACCGCGACAAAACCACACUUUUCAAUUUUUUCGGCCAUUUUUUGUCAUUUUUCCACCAAACCAACAACAAACCCACCCUUCCUACACCAAAAGCGGCCUAUCCAUCCAUUUUGAGCAGAUUUGGCCGACGUUUUUGUCGCCGGAGGCGAUUUCCGGCGAGACUCCGGCGAGGCUCCGACGAGCACUUCCGAGCACUUUUUCGGCGUUUCGUCGCUUCCAUCGUCUUCUCCUCAUCAUCCCCUACACCUCUACUUGAGUCUCCAGGUUUGAUUUUGCCCUUAACUAUGUUAAUUGUGGAGAAUUGGGUGUUAGGGUGCAUGUUUAGAGAGCCUCAUUGAAUCUUGUGAUUUUUGUGCAAUUGAUUGAGGGGAAUGCAUGGAGUGUGUUUGAAUUGUGUUGGGCAAAGUCCCUCUUGAUUUUUUGAGCCCUUGUGUGCAAGAAUUGUGCCAAUUUCAUGCUUACCUUAAUGGUGCACACAAGGUGUUCGAUGAAAUACCUGUUUUUCAUGAUAUGUUGUGGGCACCGGUUGUGGCCCUUAUUGAUGUGCUUUGAGGGUGUUUUGGCUAUGGAUGUGAACCUUAAGCUGCCUGCUUUAUCGUGAAUGUGCACCCCCACUCAGAUUAUGCUUGAUUUAUCAAAUUUUUGACCCCCGAACUAUGGAUGAAACCAUGGCUCGGCUGUUUUCAGUUCUUAAGUGUGGGGGUGUAAUUGACCCUUUCUUUGGCUCUUUUGGUUCCACUUUGGGUUGUUCUUUUGCAGGACAAUGUCAAAACCUGACCUCAAGCACCCGUUCAUCCGGGAUUUGAAGAGGGGGCCCGCCCAGGAUCGCUUCAAGCAGGUCCUGAAAUGCCCGUUUGGGCAGCACCAUUGCUGGUCCAAACGGGAGUUUCGGACAUUGCACUGCUACGAGCAACUCUCCGCCGCCGUCACCAACCAUCCAUGGCGCCGUCUGCUCUCCAUCUGCGAGAAGGUUUACUAUGAGCCCGUGCUUGAGUUCUACACGACCUUCAAGCACACACCCACGGACGAUUGGAGAGACGGUGCAGCCGUCAAAUUCAGGCUAGGCGGUGCCCCACGGUUCAUGAGCUACCACGAGCUGGCCGAGGCUCUCGACCUCGACGACGGUGCGGACUACGUCACCGAGGUCAACGACCCGCCGGAGGUGGACUUCAGGAGGCUGUACACCCGCCUGGCUCGGCCAGGCCAGACACGUCCCUUCUCGGCCGGGAGGACGAAGGCCACUACACUGCAGCUCGACAACCGCCUUCUCCACCACCUGCUGGAGAAGUCUUAUACUCCAGCUUCAGACAGUGCCAGCACCAUCACCAAGAGGGCCCUGUACCUCAUCCAGUCAAUCCGUCAGCACGACCAUCCCCUCCACUUGGGUUCGGUGGUGGCCAGGACCUUCGAGAAGACUGCUUCGGAACUAAAGAGUCUCCACUGCACCCCCCUCAUCACCCUCCUGGCCACCUACUUCGGCCUUUCCCUGCAGGGGUGCACACAGCAGGGGGACACCAUCGUUUUUGGCAGGUCGACGAUCAAGCACAUGCACCUGCUGCGAGAGAACCGCGACAUUCUAUGGAUCGAGGGGUUUCCGGAACCUCAGAUCCCUGCGGAGGACCAGCAGGAGGACCAGCCAGAGGUCCAGCCAGAGGGCCAGGAGGAUGAGGCUGCUGAUCAUGUGGAGCCCGAGGAUGUGGACACUGCUGUUGAUCCACCACAGACUCACUUCCAUUACGAAGGUGGCAGCUCCAUUUUCCCGGGGCAGGAUUACUUCACCACCCUGUUCGAGCAGCUGCGUAUCCAGAACCAGCAGAUCCUCGACCAUCAGAUGCAGUUCCAGCAGCAGUACGCGGCUCACCAGGCCGAGUACCACCAGAGGAUGGCUGUUUACGAUAAGAGAUUGGACCAGAUCCAGACCCAGCAGGGAGUGACUCUCGCACACGUCGAGCGAGAGAAGCGCCGUUCACGGCUCAUGCGGGAGGUCCAGCAGCAUUUACUCUGGCUGCUACCGGGCGAGCAGCCCGUUUGGAGGACUCCCUAGGAGGACUCUCCACUUCCACCUACCCCAGCGGAUGGUGAUGAUGGUGCUUAUGGUGAUGACGCCUUCAUGGACGACAUCGACUUUGGUGAUCUUGGCGACGAGUAGGCUGUACUCGUUGCCCAUCUCAGUGUGUUUUGUUUUCCGUAUUAGACUUUGGUGUGUUUGCUCCAUGUGUGAGGAGCUUGAACUUAGUGUCGUUUGUUUUUGUUUUUGUUUUUCUUUCUUUUGUGGAUUGUUUUUGUUGUAGCCGUCUGGGCUAACACUUAUCCCUAACACAACGUGUGCUAGUGUGUUCUUGGUGUUCGAUUCGUGCAGAACUGUCCAUCUUCCCAUUUGUUUCUUGCUGACUGGUCCACUUCCAGUCCCCCAGCAGUUUCAAUCCGGUAACAUCGUUCCCCUUAUCUCUCCCUCUACUCCAUUGAGGGCAAUGUCGUGCUUAAGUGUGGGGGGGUGCUUUGUAUCGGUUGGAAUAUAUAUUUGGGUGCUUG